AUGUACGCCAAGUCUCUUGCACUUCUUUCCCUCGCGGCCCUGGCCACCGCCCAGGAGUCUAGCACAGCAAUCAUUCCAACUACGUUUACAUCAGAGGGUACGGCCAUCAUCUCAUCAAUCAUUUCCGGCAUUGACGGCGCAGCGUCGACUGUCACAUCAGCCGUUGGCGGUGCCGCCACAACCAUCGCAUCUGACGGCUCUGCCAUCGUUUCCAGCGCUACUGAUGGUGCUGCCGGAGCUCUCACGACCUUGACCUCUGGUGGCUCAGCGAUCGUAUCGACCAUCACUUCGGGAGCAGGCGGUGUUUUCUCCACGGUUACAUCAGGCGCUGGGGGUGUUGUAUCAACCAUUACAUCAGGCGCUGGUGGCGUUGCUUCAACCAUUACAUCUGGGGCCGGCGGUGCCCUCACCACACUUACCUCGGAAGUUGGCGGUGUCGUAUCAACCAUCACAACUAAAGCCAGCGGUGCCGGUGCGACGAUCACUGGUGCCGGUGGCAGCGCCGUCUCGAGCGCCACGAGCGCCGUCGGUGGAAGCACUUCCGGCAACGCUGCUCCUACAGCAGGACCUAUGAUCGGUGGUUUGAUGGCUGCCGGAGGUCUGAUCGGUGUAAUGCUUCUUUAA